UUUAAAAGUUUAGAUUAUUGUUGUGUUUAAAAGUUAUUUGAGGCAACUUAAAUACAAUAUUACUUUUAAAAUUUGAACUACCUUUCAAACAUAGUUAUUAAACAGUAUAACAAUAUACCUAAUUAUCAGUUUCAGUUUUCAUGUAGUGUGUGGCAUGGAUUUGAAGAGUCUUUACAGCACAGUUCAUUGGUUGGAGUUUUCUUCAUUCAUAUUCAAUUCUGAGUACUACACACUUUUGACUAACUCAUUAUUAAUUUUACAAAAUGAAAAUCAUUUAAAAAAAGUGUUUUUCUGGGGUAUUAUACAGUGUACCGAAAUAGAUUAUUAUAUAGUUUUUGGAUACAAGACUGAUGCAAUAAGUGAUAGAAAAUUCUUCUACAGUGAUGACUGCCAGAAUUGGAAACUGCUGCCCAUUCCUCAAAGGGAACAUCUCAUUCUUACUGAGCUGUGCACAAAGCCUUUUAAAGGAGAUCCUGGUUUAGUUAUAGAGAUUGUGGAUGAUUCUCCUUCUGAGGAUCUGUUUGCAUCCGAAUUAAAAGAAGAUGAACAAAUAGAAACAAAAGAACUUGGGAGCGAACAAGCAGAUCAGAAAGAUAAAGAGGAAACACGAAAGUCAAAUCAAGAAAAACAAGAUGAAGUAAAAAAUUCUAUUGUAGAAGACAAACCUGUAGUUGGUAAAGGAAGUAAAUCUGAAGUUGGGGAGGCAGAACUGGGAAACAAAUCUGAAGCAGAAAAGGAAGCUGGGGAAACAAAGGAAGAUGAAAAACCUGAUGAUAAUAGUAAUCAAAAUAAUCCAAAAUUAUCACAAGAUGAAAACAAACCAAUUGGUACUACAGAAGAACUUCCACCAAUAACUAGUGGGGAACUGAAGGAAGAAGACCGCUUGGCUGCUAUAAUACACAUUAUUUCCGAAGAGACCUCUCUAGCCCCUCGAGGAGGGUUAUUUAAGCAGACAGAUGGAUUCACAAUUCACAGUAAAGCUUUUGAAGGACUCCAGCUGGAGGAUGCUGAUGAACUCUGUAGCUUCCAGCAUUACAGAAGACCUCAACAGGAUUGGAACUGCAACCUGAUGAGCAGGACUGACUACAAUUAUGCAAUUGAUUUCCUCGACACCAUCGACAAGGAUAUACCCUCAGAUUGCUGGACUGCUCAACUGGUGGAGGGAGAUCGAGCAAUCAUCCUACGAAAUCUUCACUGGCCUGGGUUUUCAUUCUUCCAUCACCUGACCACACCAGAACAUGGAUUUGUGUACAUCGGUGCUGGCCAACGCAAUCUAGAUAUUCCAUUCAUGACUCAGAUUUAUGCACCAAUUAUUAAAGAGAAGUCCUCAUUGGCAGUCAGUGUGAAAACCAGCGAAGAGAAACCAACUGUAGAAUUCAAGGAAGAUGAAGAAGAUAUGAACAUAACUGAGAGAGAAUCUUCUAAAGAAAUUAAAGACAAAAUAAACACCUCAGCUUGAUGUUUUUAACAAUUGUAUGUUUUGACUAAAAAACUUUCUGUUUGUUCA